UGUAAUUACAAGAACAAAAACUAGGGUUUUGACCACUCUCACCCUGACCCAGCAGUAUAUAUAAAACACUCGGAGUGUUUUGCCAGGCCUCUUCCUCUCUAAGUUCCUCCCACUCGCUCUUCAGAAGCUUGAAACAAAAUGCCGAAGCAGAUUCAUGAGAUCAAAGAUUUCCUUCUUACUGCAAGAAGGAAGGAUGCUCGUUCAGUUAAAAUCAAGAGGAGCAGGGAUGUUGUUAAGUUCAAGGUUCGUUGCUCCAAGUACCUUUACACACUCUGUGUGUUUGACUCUGAGAAAGCUGACAAGUUGAAGCAAUCUCUUCCUCCAGGUUUGACUGUCCAGGACCUGUGAAGAAAUUGUCUGAUCUAAAGGAACCAACUUUAAUCAGUUGGUUUUAACAGAAGUUGAAGAAAUUUUGUUUGUGCAUUUUGGUUCACCUUUUUAUUCAGCCAUUAAAGAUCGGAUUUUUUAUUUCUAUUAGUUGUGGUUCAUUUUCAUCAAUAUUUGCCAUGAGAUUAUUGACUGGAGUUGUACAUCAGUUGAAAAUUCUGCUCUUUCAUGUUA